AUGCUAUCUCGUGGCUUCCUCGGCGCGUCUGCGCUCGCCACAGCUGUCCUUGCCCAGAACAUCAACCUUCAAGGGGCCGAUUCGCUCACCUUACUCGACAAUGCUAUCCAGCUUGGCUCGCAAUUCGAUGGAACAGACGCCAUCGGGGCAAGCGAUGAGCAGGUUCCGUCCCUGACGUCGGUCAACAACUUCAUCAACUUUUGCGCCGGGAAGGAGCUUACAAACGGCCUUCAAAUCACAACUGGUUCCUGCAAUGGCAUCCCCCAUGGCGAUAUUCCCGCUAAGGACAAAAUGAUCUCGUCUAUCAUCAUUAACCCAAAGAACGGGGAUGUUAUUCAAUCUGGACAGACGUUCAAUAUCCAGCCAGUCUUGAUGCCCGUUGCCCAGCGCGGUGCCCAGGAUGACUGCAGCAAAUUUGUUGUCGUUGGUGAUGAUUUUGAUGUCAAUGACGCAGCAAAUAACGGCUCUGGUGGUCUUGAUGCCGCAGACCAGGCCCAGGAAGCUGUAGACCUUGGUCCUGGCGCUAUCGACCCAGAUGCUGACCAGGAUGAUGACCAAGGCGCCGAUGACGGCGAUGAUAAUCAGCAGGGUACAGACGCAGAUUCCCUCCGUCAGCAGGCAGAGGCCUUCGCCCAAGAAUCACAGGGCCAGGGCCAAGGAAAUAACAACCAGCAACAAGGCCAAAACAAUGACAACCAACAGCAGGGCCAGGGAAAUAGCCAGCAGGGGAAUGAUGCCAACUCUCUAAGGCAACAAGCAGAGGCUUUUGCCCAGCGCCAGGGUCAAGGAAACGGCAACCAACAGCAGGGCCAAAGUCAGGGUCAGCAGGGUCAGCAGGGUCAAGGCAAUCAGCAGCAGGGCCAGAACCAGGGUCAAGGCAACAACAACCAGCAACAAAGCCAAGGCAACAAUAGUCAACAGCAAGGCCAACAACAGGGUCAGGACGACAACAACAACAACCAGCAGCAGGGCCAAGACAACAACAGCCAGCAACAAAGCCAAGCCCAACAAGGCCAAAGCAACGGUAACCAACAGCAGGGCCAAGGGAACAACAACCAGCAGCAAGGUCAAAGCAAUGGAAACCAGCAGCAGCAAGGCCAAGGUCAGCAAGGGACAAGCGCGGAAGCUCUAAGGGAACAGGCUGAGCGCUUUGCCCAACAAUCCCAAGGGAUCGAGUUCCCGGUUGGGUUUUCCCCCAGCUCCGUCAAGGGGGAUGUUAACCUAAGGGCCAUCGUGAUCACUAGUGGUUCUCAAAUCCUCGUCAAUAUUUAG